ACUGCGAAAUGAAUCUGCUCAGUCUCCACUUUUUCUUUAACCUAAGUGCCUGAGCCGGUUUAGAUAACGUUACUGUAAUUAUGAACUUUAUUAGCAAUCAGGUUUGCUUACCUUAUAUCUAUUAUAAACGUAUAUUUUGUGCAAACUAUUCUAAGUUGUACUAAAUAAUGAUAACUUAAGUGGCAUUAUCAUAUAAGAUUUCUGUGAUAAAGAUUUAAUAUUUUAUUGAAUCUCUAAUUUUUGGUCUUUUUUAAUAUACAAAAUGAAGUAUAUAUUAUUUAAUUAGACGAUUUUAAUUCGUUACAAAAGUUCAUUGAGUCAACUUCAAUAUUUUGGACUUCAAACGAAUUUAGCAGUUCUUGGUUAUGAAUUUAAAAUUAGAACAACUGCACAAUCAACUCCAAUUUUUAUAUUUACCAGCUCAUAAAUAUCAUAACUGCUGGUUAUUAAGAAAAAGGAGUAAUACAAUUUUUAAACAUUAUAUAGAAAGUGUUAUAUAUGAAUAGCAAUCAAAAUGGCAACACCAACCAAUGGUAAUGGUAACCUAGUUGAUGAGUUUGAAGAAGCAUUUCAGCAAUGUUUAAGUAUAUUAACAAAGGAUGAAGGAUCAAGCAACAGUGGAAUGGGUAUAAGCAGUGGCUUAACAAUAGAUAAAGAAGAAGCUCGUUGUGAAGUAGACCAAGUCACUUUAAGAUUUACAGAUUUAGCUAGACAAAUGGAAGCUUUCUUUUUGCAAAAAAGAUUUUUACUAUCAGCAUUAAAACCAGAAUUGGUAGUAAAAGAGGACAUCUCUGAUUUAAGGCUGGAAUUAGCACGCAAAGAAGAUUUAAUUAAGAGACAUUAUGAUAAGAUUGCAGUUUGGCAAAAUUUAUUAUCAGAUUUACAGGGAUGGGCUAAAUCUCCUGCGCAAGGACCUGCACCUAAUGGACUGCCAAAUGGAACUCAAGGUGGUCAGAAUCAACAAACUGGAAAUGGCAGUGGAGGAUCCACCAUGCAGCAACAACAGCAAUUAUUACAACAUCAGCAACAAUUACAACAACAGCAACAACAACAGCAGCAAUUACAUCUACAGCAACAUCAAAUGCAACAACAGCAACUUCAUCAACAACAGGUGCAACAAGGUACAGGUCCUCCACCAACGUCAAGUCUUCAAGGAGUCAGUGUCUCAGUUGGACAGCAGGGCAUGUUCAUGGCUCAGGGUGGAGUAGGAGUAACUGGUGGUAGACCUACUGGUUUUCCAGUUGGUGGUGUUGGAAGUAGUGCUCUUCAAGGCCCAUUGGCUUUCCUAGAAAAGACAACGAGCAACAUAGGGAUGCCUGAAAGGCGGAGUUGACGCGGAAGGGGGAGGGGCCGGGGUCGGAGUCGAGGAAGAGGUCGAGGAAGAGGACGAGGUGGAGGAGGAAGUUUACCACCACCGCCGUCUCUUCUCGAUCCAUCGGACCCUUCGUCCUAUGCUGCUGCUGCCGUAGUCGCAGCUGUUACGGCAGCGCCCCUUCCCUCACAACAGCAGCAGCCUCCACCAUCGUGUACAUGAGGAUAUUUCUAGCAAUUAAUUUUUAUCACAAAGUUGCGUUACACCUUCCUCUUCAUAUCUUGUAUUAUUUAGAACUUCAUAACAAUUAAAGUGAUUUUUAUUAAUGUAAAAAUCCUUUAACACUUUUGCAGCUUGUGGUACGGGUCUAGAAUAUUGUGUGUUGAAGUUACUUAUGUACAGAUUUAUAGAAUUAAUAAUUUAUAAAUAUCAGGGUAUCAACACACACACAGUGAAGAAAUAACAUAUUUUAACAGUACUAGUUUUAUUGCUUUAUUACGAAUUAAAAUUAUCAAUAUACAAAGAUUAUUCUAUGUACUUGUUCUAUAUUAAGUAUAAAGUUUACAAUGAUUUAUUAAUUAUAUCCAUUUGUAUUGAUCUUUAAAAACAUAACAAAUUAAAAAGAAUUCAACGAUGUUAUUAUAAAACAGAAUAAAUCAUGAAGAGUUUCUAAUUGCGUAUAAAAUUGACAAGUAUUGUACAUAACGAAAGUUAUACCAUAGAAAUGCGAUGAUAUAUAUGAAUUAAUAUCA